AUGUUUUCGAAAUUUUAUGCUGUUUAGAAAAUAUUUUAUGCUGUUUUGUUUUGGAGCUGCGUUCUUUUAUCACAUUGCUGUCUCUCAGCGCAAGUGGUAGGUUAGCACGUUAGCUCUGUCCGAUGUUGUCUCGUCUGGCACGUAACCAACACCAUAACAAAUAGCUAACGACAUUGUUGCUAACUUAUCUAGCUAUACUUCCGCUAACAACGAUUCUAUUAAUAGGUAACGUUAUCUAGCUAGCCCUAUAUUUUUCCUGUAUUUGUCUGUGGUAUCUCGGUAGCUGUUUGGCAGGUUUGGUUUUAAUAUGUGAAUGUGAUUGAAAUUACUUGAGUCUUUUUGCCAUGGUGGUCGUGAAGUGUUGUUAGCUGCAAAUUAGCAAGCUAUCUUGCUAACGUUAGUUAACAAUCAAAAGGCGACGAAGUACGGUAGCAUUAGCUAACUAACGUUAACUAGCUUAUCGGUGUGUUGCUACUAGCUAGCACUUAUGUAGUUCUUACCAAAUAAUAUCUGAUAACGCCGUCACUAAAAUAAUCGGUACAUAGGGGAGAGGAGCAUUAGUUAACUGUUACCUAGUUAGAGUUAAUUGAUCAACGUUGGUUGGAUUAUUGUAGCUAACGUUACAGUAGCUAGCUAGCAGGUGACAUGUCUGAAUUUAUUUGACAUUUGAGGUUGAAAUGUCUUGAAUGAUGCACCAUCUCGUUUCAAGUGUGAAAAGCAAAAAAACGUAGAAUCAAUAAUAUGGCAAGUACUGUCAAAUAAUGAUUAAAAACAAAAAUUAACAGCAAAAUAAAGUUGUUGUACAACUACUAAUAGCCAUACAACUCAUAAAAACUACUGCUACAGCUACUAAUACAACUAAUAAAACGAAGUUCCUAUUAUUUAUAUAUAAUUUAUAUAUAUUUUAAAAUAUAAAUUAUAUAUAAAUAAUAUCUCCACAUUAUGUUUCUAAUAGUUAACAACACUUACACACUUACAAUUACUGGCCAGCUGACUGUCAAGCCAGAAAUAUAUAUUAUGAGUAGCUGUCUCUGGCAAUAGCAGACUCUGUCAAGCAAGCAUCAUGAUUCAUGUCAGUGGCUCGACUAGGGUGGAACGUCUUGAUCAGCUCAGCUGUUAUGUUGAUGCAUUGAUUCAGUGUAUACCCAUGUGAAAUUCUGUUAAAAGCCAAUGCUGUAAUUGCUCAACUUUGUCUUUACCAGGUCCUAUACAUCAAUGGGAAGACUAAAGGUUUUGGAAAGCCCUGCUGGAAUGCGAGCAAAGUUUAUGCUUGAGUUACUCUAGGACCCCACUGGAUGUGUGAGCACUCCUCUGUAUUGUUAUGCAAAGUCUUGGACGUGUGAACCUUAGAAGUCAUUGUUCAAGAAGAUUUUGGAGGACAUUUAGACCUAUGGCUUCAUGAGUUUAUAGAGCCCCAGAAAUGAAUGAAGGACUGGUGGAUAAUCUAGGUUCCGGGAGAGGGCCAGGGGAGGAAGACAUGGAGAUAAACGGAGAGGUACUCAAAUCUACAAAUGAUCCAGUUAUAGAAAGGGAGGAGAGGACUGAAGUCGGGGACAAUGGGAUGGAGAGGACCUCUCAGGUCCUAUCGCCACUGGAGGCCCUGGCUCCCUCGGACAGCCUUGACAUUCAGGACCAUGCCACCUCCGGUCCUGUGAUGACAGGCCAUGGGCAGACAGAGAAGAUCCCAGGGGGAGUUGCUGAGGAACCCCCUGUAGACUGGUUUGAGCCCCUGGAGGAUGACAAUUAUGACGAUGACACAAAGGGCUUGGACUUGGGCCUUGCUAUGGGGGAGCGAUGCAUGAAUGACAAGGAGGAUGCCGAAGAGGAGAGUGUUGCAGAGAGCGAAAGGAGCGGGAGCGUGGCAGGCCUUGAGAAGAAAAUCAACAGCAACAACCUGUAUGUUGAGUGAUGUGACACUUGAUUUGACUAGCUUUGGCUGCUGUUGUAUCAAUGUUAUUAUAACAACGUGUCAGGAUUUCUAGGGCCCACAAAUCAAUACAGAAGUUGGAUCAUUUACUCCCCAACAUUAAAGUACCCUACAUUUUAAAGAAGGAUUUAUCUGGGGCAGUGAAAUGGUGCAGGUUAGCGUUUUUCGUCAUGAACCUUGUUCUGGAGGUUACUAUGCAGAAUGGUCACUAGCUGGCGCAGCCACAAAGUCAUGAAAUCACAUUUUAACCAAAUCCGUAACCACACUGCUAACCUUAAAUUAAGACCAAAAGCAUAUUUUGUUUUCAUAUUUUGUACGAUAUAGCCAAUUUUGACUUUGCAGCUGGCCUAUCUAGCGGAAAUAGCUCAGUUCUGCCUCCGGGGCAAGAUUCAUGAGAAUAAACGUCAACCUGCUGUAAUGGGCCCCAAAUGUUAUUUCUUGUAGCAAAUAUGUAGCCAGUUGAUAUGCUUUGCUGUUAUGUUUUAUGCUCUUAUGCUGAUAUACUUUGCUGAUAUUUGUUUUUAUUUUAUGGCAGGUUUUCUGUUUAUAGACGGAAGAAAAGAGUAACAGUUGAAGAGGGCUGGGAGGACUGGCCGGCACUUGGAAAGGGUUGGAAGCGCAAAGCGGUUGUUCGUCGUUCAGGUUCUAGUGUUGGUCAGAGUGACGUUUAUUACAUGAGGUAAAAAAUUCUGGCAAAACUCAAUUCAAUUUUUAGACCAAGGGCCAGUUUAGAUUUUUAACCACUGGUAUUGUCUCAUGACAUGAGGUUCAUUGUUAUUUUUUUUAUUUUAUUUUACCUUUAUUUAACUAGGCAAGUCAGUUAAGAACAAAUUCUUAUUUACAAUGACAGCCUACACCGGCCAAACCCAGACGACGCUGGGCCAAUUGUGCGCCGCCCUAUGGGACUCCCAAUCACGGCCGGUUGUGAUACAGCCUAGAAUCGAACCAGGGGGUCUGUAGUGACGUCUCAAGCACUGAGAUGCAGUGCCUUAGACCACUGCGCCACUCGGGAGCCCAUUUACGAGGGCUCACUUGCUGUACCUGUUUGAAUAAGCCGUUGGUUUGAAAUAAAAAUGUGGUACAAACAAUUUACUUAAUAAUACAGACUCACAGCACAUUCAUUUGAUUGUCAGUAUUAUAUGCUUUUAGAUACAGUGAGGGGGGAAAAGUAUUUGAUCCCCUGCUGAUUUUGUACGUUUGCCCACUGACAAAGAAAUGAUCAGUCUAUAAUUUUAAUGGUAGGUUUAUUUGAACAGUGAGAGACAGAAUAACAACAAAAAAAAUCCAGAAAAACACGUCAAAAAUGUUAUAAAUUGAUUGUUUCCACCUCCAUGUUUGACGGUGGGGAUGGUGUUCUUGGGGUCAUAGGCAGCAUUCCUCCUCCUCCAAACAGGGCGAGUUGAGUUGAUGCCAAAUAGCUCGGUUUUGGUCUCAUCUGACCACAACACUUUCACCCAGUUCUCCUCUGAAUCAUUCAGAUGUUCAUUGGCAAACUUCAGAUGGGCCUGUAUAUGUGCUUUCUUGAGCAGGGGGACCUUGCGGGCGCUGCAGGAUUUCAGUCCUUCACGGCGAAGUGUGUUACCAAUUGUUUUCUUGGUGACUAUGGUCCCAGCUGCCUUGAGAUCAUUGACAAGAUCCUCCCGUGUAGUUCUGGGCUGAUUCCUCACCGUUCUCAUGAUCAUUGCAACUCCACGAGGUGAUAUCUUGCAUGGAGCCCCAGGCCGAGGGAGAUUGACAGUUAUUUUGUGUUUCUUCCAUUUGCGAAAAAAUCGCACCAACUGUUGUCACCUUCUCACCAAGCUGCUUGGCGAUGGUCUUGUAGCCCAUUCCAGCCUUGUGUAGGUCUACAAUCUUGUCCCUGACAUCUUUGGAGAGGUCUUUGGUCUUGGCCAUGGUGGAGAGUUUUGAAUCUGAUUGAUUGCUUCUGUGGACAGGUGUCUUUUAAUACAGGUAACAAACUGAGAUUAGGAGCACUCCCUUUAAGAGUGCACUCCUAAUCUCAGCUCGUUACCUGUAUAAAAGACACCUGGGAGCCAGAAAUCUUUCUGAUUGAGAGGGGGUCAAAUACUUAUUUCCCUCAUUAAAAUGCAAAUCAAUUUAUAACAUUUUUGACGUGCGUUUUUCUGGAUUUUGUUGUUGUUAUUCUGUCUCUCACUGUUCAAAUAAACCUACCAUUAAAAUGAUAGACUGAUCAUUUCUUUGUCAGUGGGCAAACAUACAAAAUCAGCAGGGGAUCAAAUACUUUUUCCCCUCACUGUAACUUUAUAAACCAUUGAUGUCACUUUAUUCCCAUCUCUGUUCCCUGAAGUCCGAGUAAUGAGCGUGUGAGAAGUAGGGUUGAGCUUUCCAAAGUCCUGGCAGAUACUCUGGACAUGACAAUGUUUGAUUACAAAGCUGGGGUGUUCAGGGGUGCUGGACAACCCAAGCCCUUGCGUGCAAGAAAGACGGUAAUAAAAAAAGCUCCCAGCAUUUACACUUGAAAUUAUACCUUUUUCUUUCACUUCACUAAUUUCAAUGUAUUUUCUAACAACUACCAUCUUGUCUAUUCCAACCCAUGGUCUGUUAGAAUAUACAGAAGGAUCAUCCUCCCUUAGUGGACUGUGGCUUUUCCUCAGAGUCCAGCUUGAUGGACAGAGGGGACCGGGCAGACAGUCCUGACUCCCAUCACAGACUGACCCCUCUGAGUCGCAGCUCUAUGGGAACGCCAAGCAGAGACCCCCACCUCCAACAUACCACUCCCCCAAGACCGAACUCCUCUCUCACACAGAUUAGUUCAGCCUCUGUCGCUCAUGAUGUGGAAGGUAUGAAGCACAAUGCAACUAAACUGCCCUGGAGCCCUGCAUCAUCGCUUUCAGUCUCCUUCAACGGGAUGGCUGGUUCAGAGCCCUGCUUUUGGUGAGUCAAAUGCUCCUAUGUUUUCCUAUAAUUUUAUCUCUGAGAAUUUAAGUUUAACACAUUCCUCAGACAUAAUCAUGGUUUAGGCUAUAUAUACACUGAACAAAAAUAUAAACGCAACAUGUAACGUGUUGGUCCCAUGUUUCAUGAGCUGAAAUAAGAACCCAGAAAUUUUCCAUAAGCACAAAAAGCUUAUUUCUCUCAACCUUUGUGCACAAAUUUGUUUACACCACUGUUAGUGAGCAUUUCUCCUUUGGCUAAAAUAAUCCAUUCACCUGACAGGUGUGGCAUAUCAAGAAGCUGAUUUUUAUAUUUUAUUUUACCUUUAUUUAACUAGGCAUGUCAGUUAAGAACAAAUUCUUAUUUACAAUGACGGCCUACACCGGCAAAACCCGGACGACGCUGGGCCAAUUGUGCGCCGCCCUAUGGGACUCCCAAUCCCGGCCGGUUGUGAUACAGCCUGGAAUCGAACCAGGGGGUCUGUAGUGACGCCUCAAGCACUGAGCUGCAGUGCCUUAGACCACUGCGCCACUCUGGAGAUUAAACAGCGUGAUCAUUACACAGGUGCACCUUGUGCUGGGCACAAUAAAAGGCCGCUCUAAAAUGUGCAGUUUUGUCUCACAACACAAUGCCACAGAUGUCUCAAGUUUUGAGGGAGUGUGAAAUUGGCCAUGCAGACUGCAGGAAUGUCCACCAGAGCUGUUGCCAUAGAAUUUAAUGUUAAUUUCUCUACCUUAAGCCGCCUCCAACGUCGUUUUAGAGAAAUCAUUCUUGGCAUGGCCUGUCUCCCCAGUGGGUGGGCCUAUGGCCUCCAAGGCCCACCCAUGACUGCGCCCCUGCCCAGUCGUGAAAUCCAUAGAUUAGUGACUAAUGAAUUUAUUUCAAUUGACUGAUUUACUGUAACAGUAAAAUCAUUGAAAUUGUUGCUUGUUGCGUUUUAAUAUUUUUGUUCAGUACAUAUUUGUUGGGUGCUUAUACAGUGGGGAAAAAAGGUAUUUAGUCAGCCACCAAUUGUGCAAGUUCUCCCACUUAAAAAUAUGAGAGAGGCCUGUAAUUUUCAUCAUAGGUACACGUCAACUAUGACAGACAAAUUGAGAUUUUUUUUCUCCAGAAAAUCACAUUGUAGGAUUUUUAAUGAAUUUAUUUGCAAAUUAUGGUGGAAAAUAAGUAUUUGGUCACCUACAAACAAGCAAGAUUUCUGGCUCUCACAGACCUGUAACUUCUUCUUUAAGAGGCUCCUCUGUCCUCCAUUCGUUACCUGUAUUAAUGGCACCUGUUUGAACUUGUUAUCAGUAUAAAAGACACCUGUCCACAACCUCAAACAGUCACACUCCAAACUCCACUAUGGCCAAGACCAAAGAGCUGUCAAAGGACACCAGAAACAAAAUUGUAGACCUGCACCAGGCUGGGAAGACUGAAUCUGCAAUAGGUAAGCAGCUUGGUUUGAAGAAAUCAACUGUGGGAGCAAUUAUUAGGAAAUGGAAGACAUACAAGACCACUGAUAAUCUCCCUCGAUCUGGGGCUCCACGCAAGAUCUCACCCCGUGGGGUCAAAAUGAUCACAAGAACGGUGAGCAAAAAUCCCAGAACCACACGGGGGGACCUAGUGAAUGACCUGCAGAGAGCUGGGACCAAAGUAACAAAGCCUACCAUCAGUAACACACUACGCCGCCAGGGACUCAAAUCCUGCAGUGCCAGACGUGUCCCCCUGCUUAAGCCAGUACAUGUCCAGGCCCGUCUAAAGUUUGCUAGAGUGCAUUUGGGUGAUCCAGAAGAGGAUUGGGAGAAUGUCAUAUGGUUAGAUGAAACCAAAAUAUAACUUUUUGGUAAAAACUCAACUCGUCGUGUUUGGAGGACAAAGAAUGCUGAGUUGCAUCCAAAGAACACCAUACCUACUGUGAAGCAUGGGGGUGGAAACAUCAUGCUUUGGGGCUGUUUUUCUGCAAAGGGACCAGGACAACUGAUCCGUGUAAAGGAAAGAAUGAAUGGGGCCAUGUAUCGUGAGAUUUUGAGUGAAAACCUCCUUCCAUCAGCAAGGGCAUUGAAGAUGAAACGUGGCUGGGUCUUUCAGCAUGACAAUGAUCCCAAACACACCGCCCGGGCAACAAAGGAGUGGCUUCGUAAGAAGCAUUUCAAGGUCCUGGAGUGGCCUAGCCAGUCUCCAGAUCUCAACCCCAUAGAAAAUCUUUGGAGGGAGUUGAAAGUCUGUGUUGCCCAGCGACAGCCCCAAAACAUCACUGCUCUAGAGGAGAUCUGCAUGGAGGAAUGGGCCAAAAUACCAGCAACAGUGUGUGAAAACCUUGCGAAGACUUACAGAAAAUGUUUGACCUGUGUCAUUGCCAACAAAGGGUAUAUAACAAAGUAUUGAGAAACUUUUGUUAUUGACCAAAUACUUAUUUUCCACCAUAAUUUGCAAAAAAAAAUUCAUUAAAAAAAAUCCUACAAUGUGAUUUUCUGGAGAAAGAAAAUCUCAUUUUGUCUGUCAUAGUUGACGUGUACCUAUGAUGAAAAUUACAGGCGCCUCAUCUUUUAAGUGGGAGAACUUGCACAAUUGGUGGCUGACUAAAUAGUUUUUUCCCCAUUGUAUACAAGUGUGUAUUAUAUGAAUUGGAAAUGUGUUUCCCCCUGAGAUACAGCUUUUUUAAUGUAAAAUAAGCAAAGAAUACAUGGGAGUGAUUGAAGGGGUAGAUGUUAAUAUCUUGAGGAUGAUUGUGAUGUUAUGCACUUGGAACCUUAGGUAACUUGCUUCGAUACUCUUUAUUUCAGCAUCUGUGCCAUUUGUGGUAAUUCAUAUACAGGCUUUGAAUAUGAAAGGCAGAUGAAGGAUCCCUGUUGCCCCAAAUGCAGGGGUAUGUGAACUCUUUAGUGUCAAUCCAAUUAAAGGAAAGCCACUUCACAAAAUCGUUUUGAAGAGGAACACAAUUGACAUAUUUUAAAUUUUAACGAACAUUGUAAAUGUGCCUGUUUUUACUGUUUAUGAAGUGUCAGUUUAAUAUUGUGUUAACAGUAUCCCUCUUUGCUUUUAGCCAAUAAUCCAGCUAUAGCCAAGAAUCCACUUUAUCAAAGAUUCAGAAAGGUAAACAAGUGUUCGUCAACUAACGAGUCUACUACUCUCAUCAUUUCUGUUUUUAACAUGCGCUCCUCGAGUUCCCGUUUUGUAUUUUUGACUCUUUCCCUUUACUUAUUUCAGUUUUACAUAGUUAAACAAUGAUUUAUCAACAUAGGUCUGAAUGGAGAGGAAUACUCUAACUUCAGAAUUUUUGUCUGUUUUAGUGGAUUCCUUGUGGUAACUGUAAGGCUUGCCUUACCACAGAAGAUUGUGGGAGCUGUGCCAACUGCAAAAAAACACUGAACCCUGACACCAGAAAACCUGUCCGCUGUCGGAAACGCAAAUGUUUAUGUCCUAUCCUCAAGGUACAGACUGACAGAAGAAGAGACAGAGAUUGAAGAAAUCCAAGUGGUAGUUUAUUUUGAUUGUUUAUUUAUGUGUAUUUCAGCAUAAACCCGAUGGUCCCCAAAAGUUGGAUCCCUAUCCCAUAACGAAUUUCAAGGUAAUUGUCUAGAACCCCAUUACCUAGGGUAUCCUAGUUUCUGUUUUAAAGUAUAUAAAAAAUCUGAAUACAUGCAUAUGAAAAAUGCAGAAGGCUAUUGUCUAUUUAUAUCUAUUCUGCUGACUCAAUAUAGAGCAGCAUGUCCCACAAGUCCACAUGUGAACAUUGGCAGUUAAUUUGGAAUAUUCUCUUCACCUCUCCAUGAAAAGCUCCCAUAACUGAAUAUAAAGCAUUUGUUUUGCAGAUUGACAGCGGAGAAUUGCAGGUAACAAUACCAAGCCCUCUCUAAUAAUACUCCUCUAUUCCUUACCUUAGUGUUAAUUUAAUAUGCAAAGGAAUUUAUGAAUGUAAUUGAAUAAUAAUGGCACCGGAGGGGAUGGCUGCCGUUUUACGGGCUCCUAACCAACUGUGCUAUUUUAUUUGUUUUUUCGCAUUGUUUGUAACUUUUAUUUUGUACAUAAAUGUUGCUGCUACCGUCUCUUAUGACCGAAAAGAGCUUCUGGACAUCAGAACAGCGAUUACUCACCUCGAACUGGACGAAUAUUUUUUCUUUAAUGAGUCCGACGUCAUUCGCGUGAAGGAAAUACAGGAGGCAGAGGUCGGGAUGCCUUGUGAUAAUUCGUCGGGGAGUGGGUAAACCGCCUCUACCAUCUGUUCUAUUGGAAAACGUGCAAUCACUGGAAAAUAAACUGGAUGAUCUACGAUCAAGACUAUCCUACCAACGGGACAUUAAAAACUGUAUCUUAUGUUUCACUGGGUCGUGGCUGAACGACGACAUGGAUAAUAUAGAGCUGGCUGGGUUUUCCAUGCAUUGGCAGGACAGAGCAGCUACCUCUGGUAAGAUGAGGGAUGGGAAGUGUAUAUUUGUAAUAGCUGGUGCGCGAUGUCUAAUAUUAAAGAAGUCUCGAGGAAUUGCUCGGCUGAGGUAGAGUACCUCAUGGUAAGCUGUAGACCACACUAUCUACCAAGAGAGUUUAUCUAUAUUAUUCAUAGCCGUUUAUUUACAACCACAAACUGAUGCUGCCACCAAGACUGCACUCAACGAGCUGUAUAAGGCCAUGAGUAGACAAGAAAAUGCUCAUCCAGAAGCGGCGCUCCUAGUGGCCGGGGACUUUAAUGUAGGCAAACUUACAUCCGCUUUACCUCAUUUUUACCAGGAUGUCACAUGUGCAACCAGAGGGGAAAAAAACUCUAGAGCCACCUGUACGCCACACACAAAGACGCAUACAAAGCUCUCCCUCCCUCCAUUUGCAAAUCUGACCAUAAUUCUAUCCUCCUGAUUCCUGCUUACAAGCAAAAACUAAAGCAGGAAGUACCAGUGACUCGCUCAAUACAGAAGUGGUCAGAUGUCGCGGAUGCUAUGCUAUAUGACUGUUUUGCUAGCAUAGACUGGAAUAUGUUCUGUGAUUCAUCCAAUGGCAUUGAAGAGUAUACCACCUCAGUCACCGGCUUCAUCAAUAAGUGCAUCGACGACGUCGUCUCCACAGUGACCGUACGUACAUACAGUGGGGGGAAAAAAGUAUUUAGUCAGCCACCAAUUGUGCAAGUUCUCCCACUUAAAAAGAUGUGAGAGGCCUGUAAUUUUCAUCAUAGGUACACGUCAACUAUGACAGACAAAAUGAGAAGAAUAAAAAUCCAGAAAAUCACAUUGUAGGAUUUUUUAUGAAUUUAUUUGCAAAUUAUGGUGGAAAAUAAGUAUUUGGUCAAUAACAAAAGUUUCUCAAUACUUUAUAUACCCUUUGUUGGCAAUGACACAGGUCAAACGUUUUCUGUAAGUCUUCACAAGGUUUUCACACACUGUUGCUGGUAUUUUGGCCCAUUCCUCCAUGCAGAUCUCCUUCGUUGCCCGGGCGGUGUGUUUGGGAUCAUUGUCAUGCUGAAAGACCCAGCCACAUUUCAUCUUCAAUGCCCUUGCUGAUGGAAGGAGGUUUUCACUCAAAAUCUCACGAUACAUGGCCCCAUUCAUUCUUUCCUUUACACAGAUCAGUUGUCCUGGUCCCUUUGCAGAAAAACAGCCCCAAAGCAUGAUGUUUCCACCCCCAUGCUUCACAGUAGGUAUGGUGUUCUUUGGAUGCAACUCAGCAUUCUUUGUCCUCCAUACACGACGAGUUGAGUUUUUACCAAAAAGUUAUAUUUUGGUUUCAUCUGACCAUAUGACAUUCUCCCAAUCCUCUUCUGGAUCAUCCAAAUGCACUCUAGCAAACUUCAGACGGGCCUGGACAUGUACUGGCUUAAGCAGGGGGACACGUCUGGCACUGCAGGAUUUGAGUCCCUGGCGGCGUAGUGUGUUACUGAUGGUAGGCUUUGUUACUUUGGUCCCAGCUCUCUGCAGGUCAUUCACUAGGUCCCCCCGUGGAUUUUUGCUCACCGUUCUUGUGAUCAUUUUGAUCCCACGGGGUGAGAUCUUGCGUGGAGCCCCAGAUCGAGGGAGAUUAUCAGUGGUCUUGUAUGUCUUCCAUUUCCUAAUAAUUGCUCCCACAGUUGAUUUCUUCAAACCAAGCUGCUUACCUAUUGCAGAUUCAGUCUUCCCAGCCUGGUGCAGGUCUACAAUUUUGUUUCUGGUGUCCUUUGACAGCUCUUUGGUCUUGGCCAUAGUGGAGUUUGGAGUGUGACUGUUUGAGGUUGUGGACAGGUGUCUUUUUAUACUGAUAACAAGUUCAAACAGGUGCCAUUAAUACAGGUAACGAGUGGAGGACAGAGGAGCCUCUUAAAGAAGAAGUUACAGGUCUGUGAGAGCCAGAAAUCUUGCUUGUUUGUAGGUGACCAAAUACUUAUUUUCCACCAUAAUUUGCAAAUAAAUUCAUAAAAAAUCCUACAAUGUGACUUUCUGGAUUAUUUUUUCUCAAUUUGUCUGUCAUAGUUGACGUGUACCUAUGAUGAAAAUUACAGGCCUCUCUCAUAUUUUUAAGUGGGAGAACUUGCACAAUUGGUGGCUGACUAAAUACUUUUUUCCCCCACUGUAUCCCAACCAGAAGCCAUUGAUUACAGGCAACAUCCGCACUGAGCUAAAGGCUAGAGGUGCCGCUUUCAAGGAGCGGGACACUAAUAAGAAAUCCCGCUAUGCCCUCACGAACCAUCAAACAGGCAAAGCGUCAAUACAGGACUAACAUUGAAUCCUACUACACCGGCUCUGAUUCUUGUUGGAUGUGGCAGGGCUUGCAAACUAUUACAGACUACAAAGGGAAACCCAGCCACGAGCUGCCCAGUGACGCGAGCCUACCAGACGAGCUAAAUGCCUUUUAUCCUCGCUUCGAGGCAAGCAACACUGAAGCAUGCAUGAGAGCCCCAGCUGUUCCGGAAGACUGUGUGAUCACGCUCGCCGUAGCCGAUGUGAGCAAGACCUUUAAACAGGUCAACAGACGGAUUACCAGGACGUGUACUCAGAGCAUGCGCGGACCAACUGGCAAGUGUCUUCACUGACAUUUUCAACCUCUCCCUGUCCGAGUCUGUAAUACCACAUGUUUCAAGCAGACCACCAUAGUCCCUGUGCCCAAGAAAGCGAAGGUAACCUGCCUAAAUGACAACCGCCCCGUAGCACCCACGUCGGUAGCCAUGAAGUGCUUUGAAAGGCUGGUCAUGGCUCACAUCAACACCAUCAUCCCGGAAACCCUAGACCCACUCCAAUUCGCAUACCGCCCCAACAGAUCCACAGAUGACGCAAUCUCAAUCGCACUCCACACUGCCCUUUCCCACUUGGACAAAAGGAACACCUAUGUGAGAAUGCUGUUAAUUGACUACAGCUCAGUGUUCAACACCAUAGUGCCCACAAAGCUCAUCACUAAGCUAAUGACUCUGGGACUUAACACCUCCCUCUGCAACUGGAUCCUGGACUUCCUGACGGGCCGCCCCCAGGUGGUAAGGGUAGGUAACAACACAUCUGCCACGCUGAUCCUCAACACUGGGGCCCCUCAUGGGUGCGUGCUCAGUCCCUUCCUGUACUCUCUGUUCACCCACGACUGCAUGGCCAAGCACGACUCAAACACCAUCAUUAAGUUUGCUGAUGAUACAACAAUGGUAGGCCUGAUCACCGACAACGAUGAGACAGCCUAUAGGGAGGAGGUCAGAGACCUGGCAGUGUGGUGUCAGGACAACAACCUCUCCCUCCAUGUGAGCAAGACAAAGGAGCUGUUCGUGGACUACAGGAAAAGGAGGGCCGAGCAUGCCCCCAUUCUCAUCGACGGGGCUGUAGUGGAGCGGGUUGAGAGUUUCAAGUUCCUUGGUGUCCACAUCACCAACAAACUAUCAUGGUCCGAACACACCAAGACUGUCGUGAAGAGGGCACGACAAAGCCUAUUCCCCCUCAGGAGACUGAAAAGAUUUGGCAUGGGUCCCCAGAUCCUCAAAUAGUUCAUUGAGAGCAUCCUGACUGGUUGCAUCGCCGCCUGGUAUGGCAACUGCUCGGCAUCCGACCGUAAGGCGCUACAGAGGGUAUUGCGUACGGCCCAGUACAUCACUGGGGCCAAGCUUCCUGCCAUCCAGGACCUAUAUACUAGGCGGUGUCAGAGGAAGGCCCAAAAAAUUGUCAAAGAUUCCAGUCACCCAAGUCAUAGACUGUUCUCUCUGCUACUGCACGGCAAGCGGUACCGGAGCGCCAAGUCUGUCCUAAAGGCUCCUUAACAGCUUCUACCCCCAAGCUAUAAGACUUUAUUUAUUGAACUGCAUUGUUGGUUAAGGGCUUGUAAGUAAGAAUUUCACGGUAAGGUUUACACCUUUUGUAUUCGGCGCAUGUGACAAAUAAAACUUGAUUUGGAAUUGAAUAAAGACCCAAGGAGAGGGCAGAAUGGAUAAUUGUCAUUAUUCCCACAGAACUCCACUCCUCAAUACAGUGACCCCGAGGACUUCUCUGUGAAUGUUGAUGUAGAAGAUGACGAUGAAGAGUUUGAUGGUGAUGAUGCUGACUAUGAGGUGAGCUCUGCUUCAAGAAAUCUUACCCCACUUCUAUCUAGGAGUGUCCCCUGCUGACCAAUUACAACCCCUCCCACAUAAAAACCCUGCUCAUCCUAGUGAGGUCUCCAUCUGAAGUUGGUCACAGUUUGUGCCAACAAGCGCCCUUAUAUUGGUCCACUGAAUAUCUAGACAGUGACAUGUACUUGUUGUAUUCUUUGACAGUUAACGAUAAUUGAUUUUUGUUUUUUAAUUAUCAUUCUGUCUUUCAGGCUUGGGUGAGGAAACGUAAGCGGCGCUCCUGUGGGAAGUGUGAAGCCUGUAAUAGUAGGACGGACUGUGGCACUUGUGAUUUCUGCAUAGACAAACCGAAGUUUGGAGGCAGCAAUAAGAAGAGACAGAAGUGCCGUCUACGGCAGUGCCAGAGACAGGCCAUGGUAAGGGUUGAUUACUCACCUAUUUUGAGAUAAUUGUCAGUUGUAUGAGCAUUUGAGGGUGACAAUAUUUUUUUUAAAAUACCGUUUGAAUUAGUCCUUGUUUGGAAUUAAGCAAUGGCCAUACUCAUUGUUAUGCCAUGAAUGGAUUCCUAACAAUGCUUUCAAUGGUGCUCUUAUGUGUAUGUAUGUGUUUGACAGAGACACUUGUUGCCCUUUCAGUUGGGCCAGACUGAUUUUGGGUCCCAAGAGGGGUGGGUGCAGCUUGGCAGGCCUAGGCCUCACUUUACAUACAGUCGCAAGACAACCCCAAAGAAAAGUAAAACGCAGCAUCUAGAAGUGGACCUGGAGUUCACUGAUGAUGAAGACGAGCCGCUGCAGGAAGAAGAUGAUUAUCGCUACAUGGAAACAGUUAAGUACUGCUGUGUGGAGAUGGCACAAUAGGGAAAGGCAGUGUUUAAAAAGUUAUUAUUGUUGUUCCAUCUUAACGUCACAUUGUCUUGAGUACAGGAUUCCAUGCAAAUACUGAUACAUGCAUUAAUCUGAAUUAUACCAAAGUCUGUAAAAUCUUGUGCUCCCACUUUCUUCCCACUGUCUGUCUGUUAUUGUUGUAGGCACAUUGGUGCCCUAUGCUUCCCAGCAAACCCCAGGAUGAAAACUUCAGAAACCACAUACCGACAGUCCAGGUUGGUAUCAAAUUGGAUUCAAGCUUAAAGGGAAAAUCCACUCAAACUAUAAUUUGGAUUUUUUUUCAUUAGUCCACUGUUGAUCCCAAAAUAUUUUGCAUGUCAGCAGUCAAGUUUUUAAGAUCUAGGACUUUCAAGAAGCAAAGUAUAACUGGCCACAUCAUGAUUUUAAGCUUUUGUUUAGGUUUACUUUUGUGGCAUUUGCUUUUUGGCAUUUUAUAUUGGUUAAAAAUGGUAUUUUAUCUUUCCAAUGCACAAUCAUUUCAACUGAUUUUUCAUAUUUUACAGGCUCACAAAGAGACUUUGGAAAUUGUAAAAAAGAAUUCACUUCUGGAGCAUGUCCCAGAUAUCCUCAACCAUAUAAGUUCUCCAGCAGUGAGUCACCCUUCUCUUUACCUUAUUGAAAUUAUCUUAAGCAUGUAAUGUUUUACAGUACAAUAAAAUCCCAUGACUAGUGUGCUCUUCAGUGUUUACCUUUUAACAUUUAGACCGGAGUAUGGUGUAUUUCUCUUUCUAUAUUGCCCAGUAUUGCACACUGUUCAAACCGGCAGACUCCGCAGUGAAAUAUGUUGGACCACCAGGUGAGAAUACGUCCUUAGCAGCUCCGGACAGACAGAGUGGAAUGAACGGAGGAAGGCCAAGUGUGGACAAGGAUGUAGAAACGCCGUCUGGGGAGCCAGAAGUAGAGGAGGUCACACCUAUGGUAAGUGACCACUUCCUGCUUUGGUGCAUACGUACACUUUACAACAUUGUAACCAAUAUUUAAGCCUAAUAAUUACCUUAUAGUUUCAGACUACAGGAAGUUCGGGAUUAGAAUAUCUUAAAAUUUCGUUUUAAGAUAUUCUAUAGGAGAUACACGUGAAAGUAAAUCUGUAAUUAGCUGGAGUUAGAGUGGAAUUGAUUCCAACUAUAUUUUGUUAUCCCUAUUAUGUUCUGUGUAGAUCACUCAGAUCUUCAGUCUGGCUGACAGUGCAGGAACAAGUGGGAUGGAACAAGAACAUGAGCUGUUAAUGCUACUGGAGGCCCUGCACAGCUCUGCACUCCCCACACUCUGGUUUGCCAUAAUGGUGGAGGGCCCGAUGCUACAGCUACUGCAGUGCUCCAAGCUCUCCCACAUGGUGGACACAACCGUGCAGAUUGACCCGGACUUCUACUAUCAGAUCUGUGUACAGGGCCAGCCGCUGCUCCUCACCCACCCGCUGUAUGAAGCUCACCCAUCGUCCUUGACAUCUGUGCCUCAGGUGGCAAACCUGCUCCUGGAUCUGGAGAAGUACAACGUGUGCCAGGGGGUCCCGACCAAGGAGCAGCCAUUCAGCCAGGCUCCAAUUAUCAUUGAGCGGGCAUCAACCUGUGACUUUCUGGUACUUAAAGAAACCGAGCACUGUGCAAAGUGUAAGGCCUUAUCCUGUGGCAGUUAAGGCCAGGCAUCACACCCUAAUAGGGAUUUCCCCCCCCCCCCCGUUUAAUCAUAUCACAAUCAACUUUUACCAGUUGAAUUAGACACAAAUAAUAUUUUUUUGUAUUACAAUUUCUGAAAUAUUGUAUUAAAAUAUGCAAAUGAGAUUAUAUCUCAUUAAAUAUUUGCAUAUCCCGCAACAACAACAAAUUCUGGACACUAGAUAACCUAAAUAUUUUGGUUUCAUAUUGUUAAGACAUUCCAGGACUGGACUUACUCAGUGCAUUGUGGAUAAAUACUUUUUUCAUCUUUCUAUCUGUAAAAUAUUAAAGACACACAAAAUCAAGAAAAUGUUAUCUAGAAUAAAUAAUAAAAAUUCCCUAUAGGAAAGUAUCGAGAAUAUAUCUAAUGAUAACCACACACUAUUUGGUGAAAACAGAUGCUUCUGAAGCUGGGGAAAAUGAGUUGGCUUGUGGGAAGAGUCUUGACUUUUGGGAAAUGGCAGUUAAAUACAAGUACACUGAAUUUAGACUACCACACACCAAACACCUAUUUAGACCCAAUCACCAUCUCUUCAAAGUAAGUUACUACAUAUAGUUCAGUUUUUUACAUUCUCUAUGAAAUGGGCUUUUAAAAUUGUGUAAUCCAAUGUAGUGGGCUUUGAAAUUAUGGAUAUGUCCAUUUUAAAGUGGUUAAAAUUCAUGACAUUUUGAUGACGGUAGAAUGAUAAACGAAAGAAAAUAUGCAUUUUUAUCAAGAUUGUCAUUUUUGUUUACUUUUUGAAAAUACUAAUAUUAAUGGACCAAAAUACCAACAAAUCUCAAUUGAUAGGUAGAUGCUGAAAUGUCAUUUCAGCCUGGGGUGCCUGGCCUUAAGAACAUUUGGUGCCGCAGUGCAGGGUUAAGAGUCACCAGCACUUAGCAGUGCCGCAGUACAGAGCAUCGCACCUCUGCCCUCACAGAACAUCUCAAGUCUUUGGUGGCGAUGGACAACCUGGACUGUCUAGUAUUUUACGCUCUUACCACUAGACUUUGCAAUGAUAUUUGUUAGGAAAUUGUUGUUUUUUAUUGCCCAUUUCUUAAGUCUGUCUUACAAUUAAAUGUACAAAUCAUGAGGGUUUAAAGCCUGCUUUUUUUGCAAUAGCUUUUCAGGUUGCUUGGAGCACUAGUACAGAAUAAUCUGACAUCCAUUGUGAGCCGUGUGUCCUGUUUAUUUUUAUCCUGUUUAGUGGUCAAUGUGGAAGGUCACAGUGCGUCCACAUUUCCUCAUCUAG